UUGGUGGCGUGCUGUGAAUUGCGGAGCGCUUCGUUUGAAAUGGUGGUUUAAAUAACACAAACGCGCAACAGUCAGAAGUAUAAUGUCUAGGCCUAGCCCAGUUAUUUAGUUAUAUACAGAAGACUUCGAUCUCGGUCAAAAUGGAAGAGUCACAAUAUGGUUUUGUUGCAAUAGCCAAUGAACUAUUGCUUCGGUUUCAACUGCCAGUUAUCACAGAUCUCAGGGAAUGUACAUCAAACAUGUUUGUUGCCCUCUAUGAGGGCAUCCUUGGCGAAAAACACCCACAUAUAGUUUCUGUGAGAAACAAGCAGGAUGAAGUGACCAACGUUCAAGUGGUCAUCGAUAGUCUAGCCCAAGAUGUCCUGCAUGCUGACUUGUCGCACAUCUCAGGACAAGCUAUCGUCGAAGGAGAUCAUGUGACCAUUCGUUACUUGCUUGAAAUUUUCACGGGAUUGUUAGAGUACAUUAUGGAACAGAUAACAAGCGGAGCAUCCACGGACGCUGAGGAUGAGCAAAGUGCACACGACCCUGAUAUUCUAACGCAAGGGACCAUCUCAACAAUUUCUGAUAUUCUCCAAGAAGAACUUGGAACAAGGGAUCAUAGCUAUAGAACCAGAUCUCGAGAUAAGGCUAACACAAGUCAAAGAUUAAAGCAGAGUGAUGUUAGUCUUCCCAGCACAAUUUCAAACGUUGAGAGUCAUUACGACAGUGUAUACAGUGGCAGUGAUUCAUCGUUUGAGCGCCCUCAACAUGUUCAUGCUCACAACACAGUCACCAUUACCCGACCUCAAGAUGCUGGUGCAGGUGAGGAAACAGACAAACAGCAUAACAUGUUUGGAGGACUGACAACAACAGUAUCUGGGCCAUCUGGUAGAUCUGCUUGGAUAACAUCAAAUACUGUAGGGCUACACUCAAGGGCUGCAGGACCCUCUUCAAGUGCUGCUGGGCCAUCCCCAGGGGGUGUAGGGCUACCAUCAAGGGCUGUAGAGCCCCCUUCAAGCGUUGCAGGGCCUUCAUUGAGUGCUACAGUGUCACACUCGAGGUCUUCAUGGUCACCCUCAGGAGCUACAGUGCAAGCCUCAUGGGCUGCAGGACAACAUUCAAGUGCUGCAUUGUCACCUACAAGAGCUACAAAUCAACCCUCAAGAGAUGUAAGGCCAACCUCAAGGAAUGCAUGGUCUGUGUCAAAGGUUACAAGGCAAUCCUCAAGUGAUGCAAUUUCAUCCUCAGUAACUACAGUGUCACCCCCAAGAAGUGCAAGUACACCUUUAAGGGCCACUCGGUCACCUUCAAGGACUACAGAGCAACCCUCAAGAGACGCAAGAUCUGGAACAGCUGAGGAAGACAGUGAAGGAGAGAAGAUCAGACAAAGAGUUUUAGAAAAUGAGUACAUUGAAAAAUGCAAAGAAAUGCAGAAAAUCAAGGCAUCAGUACCAAGAAACAUCAGCACAGAUGAUGACUCUACAUGUAAUGUUGUCAGUAGGAGUACUUACACUGAAAGGAAGUUGAGAAAUAAAGGCAAUUUACAGGUGGAGGAGGUGUCAAGUUCUCUGACAUCAACAUCACCACCAUCAGCCACCAAACAUCAUCUCCCAGUACCAACAAUGAUGAGGGAGAAGCCUAAAGAGAAUGUAUUUGCUAGCCUUGGUGUCAGGCCUAAACCAAUGUCACACCCACAUUUCCGUAAAGACAAUCAGGAAGAAAGGCUGAGCAACAGCAGUAAAAUGACCUCCGAGGAGGAUGAGCGAGUUCGUCGUCACGUCCAUACUCAUCAUCAUUUUCAUUCAUCAGAUGAUGGGCAGAAAUUUCUACCUGAAAGGGAUGGAAACAUAGGUAAUAGGAGCUCAAAGGCAUCGCAUACACUAACCUGUCCACCGCCUGCGAACGAUAUGGAUGAACAACCGAUGCCUUCAAGGUAUUCCCACUCAUUGCAGCACUCAGACAAUCCUAGAGAUAUGGAUCAGGAUGAUAUCGGUUCAAGACUGCGCCAGUCCUUACCACUACCAAGGCAUACAGCACGGACUAAAAGUAGACCAGUCGGUUACAAUUUGAGAAGCCACAGACAGGAUGAGGUUUCUGCUGCGAGGGCAUCAAAACUGGUUCCACAACGAAGAGUUGCAUUUACUGUCAAGGACCAGGAUGAUUUUCAUAUAGAUGAGAUAGCAGAUGAAGAUGAGCUUAUGGAUGACCUGGACAAAGAAGUCAUAUUGCAACAAUUAAGAGAGAGGCUUAUAAAUAGGAGAUCUAAACACAGAGUUACGAGACAGUCAUCAGAUGAAAGUGAUAAUGACAGUGAUAUAUCGCAGCAUAGUGACAGUAUCAUCGACUAUGAUGAUAAUCCAAGUGCUAAGCGAUACCGAAUGUACUCACCCAAGCGUGAAAACCAAACAAGAAGCUCUGUAGUGAAACCAAUACUCAAGAAAAAUCACGUUCAUUUUGAUGAUGCCUUGGAAGAGGAGGCCAAAGGUCAAUUUGGUAAAAUCCGACGCAGUAUCAGGAAAGAAGGAGUAAGUCACCAGAGAAAAACAAAGGCAAUGAGAGAAGUGUAUGCCAACCACUUAGAACACUUGGAGACUGGUCAGAAAGAACUUAUUGAUAAAAAGAAAAAGGCUGCUGGACUAUUGGAUAAGAAAUACAGACAAGUACAUCAAAUUCCAAAGAUGAAAAGAUAUUGUGCUGCCAAGAAGUAUGCCGCACCAUCUGUUGUUGAUCUUCGUAAACGAAGGAAGGUCAGAGGUCAAGUUGGAAAAAGGAAACGCAGUGCAUCAUCAAGUCCAACUCUUAAUAGGAACAGAAGACCACUUGUGAUUGAAGAUGAUGAAAUGUUGCCAACGGUGAUGUCUGAGUUCCCGAUGCUGCAUGUUUCACCGCAUACGGCGCAUAAUAUGUGGUCAAAGCAGAUGCGCCAACUAGAGCAACUGACACAGUCGGGAAUUAGCAACACUAAGAAAACCAGAACACAAAUGAAGAUGGAAGAAGCAGAGAAGCGCCAGGAACUUCUACUCGGAAUUAUGCAGAAAGAGCUAGCUUACAACAGACGCAUGAAAGAUAUUAGGGAGAAGAGGGAGCAUGAAAAAGCAAUGAAAUUGAAGGUACAGGAACAACGACAAGCAACUGCAAGAGCACGACGUUACUAUGACCAGUUCAAAGUACGCGCAAGUGCUAGGAUGUUAAGGAGAAAGAACAGAGAAGAGCAGAUAUUUAAGAAGUUGUUUGAAGAUGGCUUAGAGAUCCAAAGGAACCGUGUAAGGGAGCUUCGGAAGUAUGCAAAGGAAAAACGAGAAGAAAUGGCCGUCCAGCAGCAAAAUGAAAUAGAAUCAUUAGAAAACUACUACAGCAAUCAGUUUGCAAUGCUGGCAGAGGCCAUUGGUCAAGAGAGACACGAUCUACAAGUACGAGACAGUGCCCAGGCAAAAGUAAUGAAGCAGAUGAAACGUGAACUUCGUCGCAAAAUGGAAAAUGAGAUCAGGGAAUUCCAGGAAAACCUUUACAACGAUGAGGAUCGCGAAUACUUCCGGCAAAUAGAAGCGGAUCGAAUGAAGCGGGAGUUACAGAUUGCUGCCUACAAAACCACACUUUGAAUGACGUAAAGGGUGUAGAACUGCAAGACAUCUAACUCUCAGGGUUUUAUUAGAACACAAUCCUAUCUCAAAAAAAGCAUUAUCAUGAACUAGAGGGCGUCCUUCAAAAGAACGUAAACAGCCUAUCUUGUGGUAUUAUUGCAUGCGUACAAAAGCAGUCAGACCUCUUGCAGAUUUAUACUCUUUGAAGACAUAAAGAAAUCAGUUAAAUCAUUUAGUUUUUUUCUAGUAAUAUAUAUAACUCUGUUUUUGUUGAUAAAUUCAUUAUUGUACAUUAUAAUAAAUGGCAGCAGUGGAAGUAGAAGAUAAUGGUGAUGAACAUACAAUUUUUGUUAUUUGUAACAGCAGAAAUAAAUUUGAAAAUUAAAUAUGUAUUCAAAUAA